UCAUAAAGAAUUCCUCCCGGGGUUGGUAUGUACCGCACGUCUUGACACGAAAUGUGUCAGAGUUCGUUGUCAUUGGCGAUCGCAUGCAUAUCGUAGCUAUUACGGAUAUUGUACUCGUACUCAUACUCGUACCGUAGGGCAGGACAAUUUGAAUUAAGUUAGAUGUCGUCCCCGCGACUAUCAUGCUACCGUACGGUAUCGCACGAGUAUGCGCUACAACUUGAACUGUUUUGAUCUCGUCCUCUCCGGGAACACCAUUUGAAACUUUUGGAUCUCCUCCCCGUGUGGACACAAAUUGUUGAUUUCCCAACCACAAAAGCUCCAAACCAAGCCAAGCCAAGCCAAGCAGGACAACUCAAACACCACCAAUCGAACGAUGUUUUUCCAACACAAGACCCUCGCUGCCUUCCUCCUCCUCUCCUCCUCUCCCUUUGCAGAUGCUCAGUGCUACGAGUCCAGCGUUUGCCUAGACGUCAUGGGAAAACCCGGUGAGUGCACCUCAUCGGAGGGCCGAACCUUCCCGAUCUGCUGCCCCGACGAUGCCACCCAAACCUGGAACCCCACCGAUGUGUGCACGAUGGGCGGCGACCCCACUCCCACCGAUGCCGGGGAGGCGGCUCCCACCGGGGAAGCGGAAGCGCCCGAGAAGCUUUGCUACGAAAUAGGAACCGCUAUAUGCUGGGAGCUCGGAGUCAAAAUGAGCUCGUGCGUGACCGGCGACGGGAGAGAGUUCAAUGCCUGCUGCCCCAAGGACGUCACCGAAUCCUCCACAUGGAAUUCAACCUGCAUCUACGGAGACGGAGGCCACGAAAAAUCCGCUGCACACGCCCGUUCUCUCGAGACCGUGGUCGCCCUUGGUCUUGCCGUCGCCACCACCGCCGUGGCGUUUGCCGGUUUCUGAGCAAGCGAGGUUUGUCGGUUGCUUUGAUCGACACCGGCAUUGGCAUCCAGCGACCGCCGGGCAAUCGGAUAAUCCCGUGAUUAUGAAGAUCCUUACUUUUGGCCACCAAUGAUUUCUGCUAGUUUUCUUCCUUGUUGCUACUUCUUCCAGUGGUUGUAGGGCCUGCAUUUCCUGCUGCAUUCAUAACAUUACUAGUAGUGACACGUUGGUCGUAAAUGGUAGUAUACUCCAGUUUAAGAAAAUUUGCAGUGUCCUUCUCUACACUUAAUACUAGUAGUACAAAAUAUCCAGCCAAUAAUGACAGACAAAUUGA